CGCCGGGCUCUUCCCGUCAGAGUCGGCGGUGACGCGCGCCGGGCUCAGCCAAUGAGGGCGCGGCGGGCGCGAGGGGGCGGGGCCCGCGAACAUGGCGAAGACGUACGAUUACCUCUUCAAGCUGCUGCUCAUCGGCGACUCGGGCGUGGGCAAGACCUGCGCGCUCUUCCGCUUCUCCGAGGACGCCUUCAACGCCACCUUCAUCUCCACCAUCGGUAUUGACUUUAAAAUCAGAACCAUCGAGCUGGACGGCAAGAGGAUUAAGCUGCAGAUAUGGGACACCGCCGGGCAGGAGCGAUUCCGAACCAUCACAACCGCCUACUACCGGGGAGCCAUGGGCAUUAUGUUAGUCUACGACAUCACCAAUGAGAAAUCGUUUGAGAACAUUCGGAACUGGGUCAGGAAUAUUGAAGAGCACGCCUCUCCCGAUGUCGAGAAGAUGAUCCUGGGGAACAAAUGUGAUGCCAAUGACAAGAGACAAGUGUCCAGGGAGCAAGGGGAGAAGCUCGCUGCCAGCUUCGGGAUUAAGUUCAUGGAGACCAGUGCAAAGGCGAAUAUAAACAUAGAGAACGCAUUUUUCACUCUGGCAAGAGAUAUCAAAGCGAAAAUGGACAAGAAGUUGGAAGGCAACAGCCCCCAGGGCAGCAACCAGGGCGUCAAAAUCACCCCGGAGCAGCAAAAGAAAAGCAGCUUUUUCCGAUGUGUUCUUCUGUGAGGGACACGGCCUUACCCCGAGCGGCUGCUCCCUGAGCUGGACUCUGCCUGUUGCGAGCGGGCUUUCCUGUGGCUGUGGACUUUGCAUUCUCAACCCUGUCACGUCGUGACCGUACGAGUAAGGAAUUGCUUCUUUUAGGAAUUGUCUGACUCUUCAAGUUUGGAGAUGAACCAAGUUUAUUUCAGUGAGAUUGCCCCGGGGCGUGUUGUCUAGCAGAGGGAGUGCAGAGCACCUGGGACCUGUGCUACAGCACCUUUGCUGGCAGGCUUCUACCUUCUGGUUUGUAUCUGUGAUAUAUCCAAUGUGGACAGAUGAAGUUACAACCAAAACAAGAAAUGGAAACGCCAGUACUAGUGAAGUACGGGUAUGUGUAGGUGAGACGUGUGUGUAGCCACGUCUAGAGGUGCGUAUAGAGCUGUUGCUUCAAAACAGCAAAGAAUUGUGCUGUUGUGAGCAGUAGAGGCUUGUACCUUCUUGGAAGGUAGAAGGAAGCUUUCUGGAUCUCUGCCUCUUGGCUGCUAUAGAGAAAACCCCUUUAUCUGCCUGUUACAGUUGUGUCACUGUGGACAAUCUACAAGUACUUUUGAAGUUAAAAAAUAACCCUCCUCAAAAGAAUCUCUUAUUUUUUUAAGAAACCAAAGUGUGCUGUAAAUGGAAUGGUUCCUUCCCGGCAGGAAUUAUCUUCUCCUUGUUAGACGUGACUGCUUUAUUAAGUACUCCAGAUGUUCAGACAUGUUUCAGAGGAGAUGAUGGCUAGAGCAAGUCCCGUGCAAAUGGUCUGUGGUCUGUUCUUAGAGAAACAGGCCUUGGUUCGGGCAGGGA